UUUUAAUGGACAAAAAAUAGUACAUAGACAAAAUGAAUUCUUUACUUACUGAUGAAAGUAAAUCUCAGAAAUUAGUCGCUUAUGGUGAUACAACAGAGAAAACCGAAAAACAUCUAACCGAACCACUGAAAAAGAUAAAACAACAGGGUUUCAUUUCAGAAAGCACCUUCGAAAUGCUCAAACCUACUGGAACCGUUACACGUAGACUUUACGGUCUACCAAAACUGCAUAGAAUUAGUCUGCCUCUCCGACCAACUCUCGACAUGACAAAAAUGGUUGGUACAACUCUUGAAGCCUCUCCACAAAGAAGUUGUGAAGUACAGUCUCAAAGAUACCUUUUGAUUUGUUGAAAAGAUUGAGGAUCUGGAAGUAGAUAAUAAGUUAAUGAUAUCGUCUAAUGUUUCAUCUCUUGAUUGUAUCAAGUCAUCACCUCCUG